AUGGCGCCGACCAGAAAGCGCAUCGUGAGUUCAGAGAAAACAACAAAUCAAAGUGUGAAAAAGGCUAAAAUCGACCUCAGCAGCACCGUUGAACGCAUAUUAGAAAGCAAAAAACACGCCAACGACGUGUUUGACGUUCUUGAGGUCCUUCAGUCUGAAAAAGAAAAGGAUGUUAUCAGCGCUGUUGAGGCUUGCAGUACACUGUUUUGCUCGUUGCUGGAAAGAAAAGACCUGUUCAUGGGGAAACUCCCCGAAGAAGAGGAGGCAUUGAGCGGAGGUUACUCUGCAGAGGAGAAGUUCAGGAUCUUCAUGCGACAUCGUUAUAAAAAUAGUGUGGAGAUACUGCUGGAUCACCUCAGUCAUGAGCUUCAUACCAUCAAGGAGAGUGCCCUCUGCUGCCUGAUAAAGUUUGCUACAGCAGAAGGACAGCAUCCUCUUGAGAACUUGGACUGGAGUGAACAUUACAGCUUCCCGAGGGAGUUGAUACAGGCGGUGGUGGACAACCUUUUGUCCAAGACUGCAGACAACUCCCUGCUGAUCUCCAGGUUUCAGGAGUUCCUGGAGAUGGACGACCUGCGCUACUAUGUGAUGAGCUCCAUUCGGGAGAACGUAGGCAGAGUGAUGGAGCAAAACAAGGGGGCUGUGAUGCCCAUAUAUCAAAACAAUGUGUUCACCCUCAUGUCCAGCAUCAGUGUGCCAAACGAGGAGUCAGAACUCAGCAACUUCAUGGUCAAACAGGACGCCAAGCAGAAGGACUGGAAAGCUGCAAAACUGAAUGAGCACAAACGUACAUUUGAGAGGAUGUGGCUUGGCUUUCUCAAGUACAAGUUGCCAAGCAGCAUGUAUAAAAGGAUCCUGGUGAUCCUCCAUGACUCCAUUUUGCCUCAUAUGAGCAAACCCACUCUGAUGAUUGACUUUCUGACUGCUGCCUAUGAUGUUGGUGGAGCCAUCAGCCUGCUGGCUCUAAACGGCCUUUUUGUUCUCAUUCAUCAACACAACCUGGAUUAUCCUGAUUUCUACAAGAAGCUCUAUAAUCUCCUUGAGCCCUCUGUUUUCCACGUCAAAUACAGAGCGCGCUUUUUUCAUCUGGCCAACAUCUUUCUUAGCUCCAGUCACUUGCCGGUGUACUUAGUGGCCGCCUUCGCCAAGCGCCUGGCCCGUCUGGCACUGACAGCACCACCCACAGCCCUCCUCAUAGUGCUGCCCUUCAUCUAUAACCUGAUCCGCCGCCACCCGUCCAGCAGAGUCCUUAUUCACAAGCCAGACGCAGAAAACGACGCUGUUGAGGACCCGUAUUUAAUGGAAGAAAAGGAUCCUGCUCAGUGUCGCGCCCUCGACAGCAGCUUGUGGGAAAUUAAGACACUCCAGAGACACUAUCAUCCAGAUGUGGCCAAAGCCGCCAUGUUGAUCAACACACCCCUCUCAGAUCAAGAGGACGACAUCAGCGAGGUGCUGGAGACCACAGCGCACGAGCUGAUGGAGAAGGACCUGAAGCAGUCCCAGAUUAAGAGCGUCCCGCUGGAGUUUGAAACGGCGACACACUUGCUGAAAGGAGGGGGAGACGUGCUGGGACAGCAUUUUUGUCUGGUUUAGGAUGUGUAUUUUAUUUUUGUAAAGUACAACUUCAGACAUUUACUUUCCCUUUUGUUCAUACAGCUGCGUGUCAAAACUGACUGAUGGAAAGUUGUUUAAAGAGCAUGUUUUUGAGCUUAAAUAUGAACAAAAUAGUUUCAGAAUGUUGAAUUGUGACCAAUAUACAUCAA